AUGUAUCUCAAUAAGAUCAAUAUUUUCUUGGAAAUAUUAAAACACGAAGAAAAAGCUAGUCUUGCAGAAUAUAUUGGGGAUAUUGUGUAUGUGGUCACAUUAGGGAUAUGGGUUUUAACUUGGGCCCGAGGCGGAGACAACAUUGAUCAAACAGGAAUAAAUAUAAUAGAUAGAUAUCGUGUAUUACAAACGAAAAUCAAUGAUCCUGUAAUGAAGGAACAAGUUGUAUACUUUAUAAGAUUUCUUCAAAAAUUACGCCCAGAGUUGACUGCUUGUGGAUUUACUACUAUAAACAGAAAACUUAUAACCUCUUUUUUCAUUACUUUAACUCCAUACAUAGUAAUUGUUUUGCAGAUUCAUACAAACAUUGACUAA